GCGCGGCCCAGCGGCACAGAGACGACCCGGUACUUGUCCGGUACUCGUCCACCCCGACCGACCACAAGCUCGCCAUGAGGCUCACCCUCUUCCUGGGGCUCGUCGCCGUGCUGGUGGCCGCCUGCGCCGCCGCCCAGUCCACUUGGUACCACGGCAGCAGCUGGCAGCAGCAACAACAACAACAGCAGCAGCAGCAGGGUGGACGCUACCAGCGCUACGGACAACAGCCGUGGUGGAGCGUCUCUAGCCAGUCUCAGCGCGGUGGCAAGCAGUACCCUGGACAGCAAUACUCCGGACAACAGUACCCUGGUCAACAGCAGCAGUACCCUGGGCAGCAGCAGCAGUACCCUGGUGGGCAGCAGCAGCAGUACCCUGGCCAACAGUACCCCGGUCAGAAGUACGCCGGUCAGAAGUACCCUGGUCAACAGCAGCAGCAGUACGGCCAGCAGUACCCUGGUCAGAAGCAGCAAUACCCUGGUCAGCAGUACCCCGGUCAGCAGCAGCAGUACCCUGGACAGCAGUACCCCGGUAAUCAGCAGCAGUAUCCCGGUCAGCAGCAGCAGCAGCAGUAUUCCGGUCAGCAGCAGCAGGGCCAGCAACAGCACCAUGUGCACAAUGGCAACAACCAGGGCCAGCCCAAAGUUGCCGACAAGGAGUUCCUGAGUCGUCAGAAGGCUAUCCUGCAGCUUCUUGUCCACAUCACCCAGCCCAACAUUUACCCCGAGGUGGCCGAGCAGGGCCGCAAGUACGACGUGUUCAACAGCGCCGACCGCUACCGCAACGCCAAGGCUUACGAGUACUUCAUCGCCCGGUACAACCGUGGAAUUUUGCCCCGCGGAGAGAUCUUCAACGUGUACAACGACGACUACCUGGACCAGGCUAUCGCCCUUUUUGACCUCUUCUACUUCGCCAAAGACUUCGAUACUUUCUUCUCCACUGCCGCCUGGGCUCGCGAUGUCUACAACGAAGGCCAGUUCGCCUACGCUUUCUACGUCGCUGUGAUCCACCGCGAAGACACCUACGGCAUUGUGCUACCCCCUCUUUAUGAGAUCUACCCCUACUUCUACUUCUAUGGCAACGACCUGCAGCAGUUCUCUCAGGCCAAGCAGAUAGGCCAGAACCAGUUCUCGCUGUAUACCAACUUCAGCGGCUACAACUAUGGUUACUACUAUGGAAACUAUUAUGGAAAUCAGGAGCAGAUUUUAUCCUACUUCACCGAGGACAUCGGCCUUAACGCCUACAACGCCUACUCCCACUUGUACAACCCCUUCUGGUUCAGCGCCGAGAAGUACGGUUACAACUUCCAGGGCCGUGGCGAGUACUACUACUAUUUCUACCAGCAGAUCCUUAACUUUUACAACCUGAACCGCAUCGGCAACUACCUGCCCGAGCUCGAGUACUUCGACUGGGACAAGCCAAUCCCCUACGGCUACUACCCCAACAUCGAGUACCACAGCGGAAAGCCCUUCCCUCCCCGCCCAGACCAGUACCCUCUGCAGAACAUCCGCUCCUACACCAUCAGCGACAUCCAGAGCAUCGAGUACCGCAUCAAGGAGGCCAUCGACUCUGGCUACAUCUACAGUAAGGACGGAUCUCGAGUUCCCAUCUUCAACUACCUGAAGGGCAUCAGUCUACUCGGCAAUAUCAUUGAGGCCAACGGCGACUCCGUCAACUCGAGGUACUACGGAUCUUACCAGUCCAUGCUGCGCAGCCUGUUCGCCCUCAUCGUGGACCCCGGCUACAACCACGGAGUCGUCCCCGGCGUCCUGGCCAACUACGAGACUGCCCUGCGCGACCCUGCCUUCUACUACUUCUACAAGUACAUCACCCGCUUCUUCCGCCAGUACGCGUACAGCCAGCCCUCCUACAAGUACGACGACCUGGCCUUCCCCGGCGUCUCCGUCAAGAACAUCGAGGUGGACCAGCUCAACACCUACUUCGACUACUUCAACGUGGACGUUAGCAAUGCCUUCUACGUCAAGAACGUCGAGGAGGCCAACUCCCUCAACUACGUUGCCCGCAGCCUGCGUCUGAACCACGAGCCUUUCAGUUACAAGAUUUACGUCAACAGCGACAAGAACGCCAGCGCCCUCGUUCGCGUGUUCUUCGGCCCCACGUACGACGCUUACUACAGUAGUCUGUACGGUUUCUACGCCGGCGGCAACGAGGACUAUUACCAGGGCUUCCCCCAGAACAAGGACUCCAAAUACUACUACCAGUACGUCAACUUCGACAGGCUCAAGGAGUACUUCGUCGAGUGGGAUCGCUUCCCUGUGAAUCUGACUCCUGGUGAAAACGUCAUCACCCGUCACUCCAAGCAGUUCACCAGCACCGUGGGCGACUACCCUUCGUUCGAGCAGAUCUACAAGCAGGUGGAAGCGGCCAUCCAGGGCCAGGGCUCCUUCUACAUCUACGACUACGACCAGCAGUGCGGUUUCCCCGACCGCUUGGUGCUGCCCCUCGGUAGCAAGGACGGUACCCCCUUCGCCAUGUAUGCCGUCAUCAGCCCCUACUCCCAGCAGGAACAGCAGCAGAGCGCCGAGUCCCCCAUCUACUCCUGCUCUGGUCUCUACAACUACAACGACUACCGCCCCCUCGGCUACCCCUUCGACCGCGAGAUCGUUGACUUCAACCAGUUCUACACCCCCAACAUGUACUUCAAGGAUGUGUCCGUCUAUCUGAAGACCCCACAACAGGUCAACCAGCAAAACCACGUUAUUGACUACUAGAGCAAAACGACGCUAUUAGCAGGACGAAAGAUAAGAGGCCUGUCGACUUUCAUUCAUUGCAGCAGUAGAAGACAUUACAUUAUCUACAAUUUUCAAUAAAUCAUUUUCCUGAAAUCAA